UUGAGAGAGAGAGGAACUCGUCAUAUUUUUAAGAAUGACUUAACGGCUCUGCCUUACCCUUGAGUUCUUCUGAGGUUAGAAACUAUCAGGAAAUGAAAACGAUUGAUGAUGUUACACAGACUGUAUAAAGAAUGCCGGAUUGAAGAAGAUAGAAAUCUAAGAUAGAAAGCAAUAGAUGAAUAAUACAAGUUUGGAACCUUCUUUUCACUUGGGGAAAUGCUAAGAAUGUCUGAACACAGAGGUCUGAAGUUCUAGUGACUAUAAGCAAGGAGUUUCACAUUUUAAAAAGUUGACUUGACGAUUCAGUAAUUGGAUAAGAGACAGGAAAAAAAGCAAAACCCUGCAGGAAAGGCUAUUCCAGAAGCCAAUAUUCUACUAAAUCAUGGCAUGCAGCCAGGCCAAUUACAGCAACCAGCCCUCAAGCACAGAAAUUAACCUUAUCAUCAGGCUCACCUCUCCCCUCUCCACAGUCAUAAUCCUUGCCAACCUUCUCAUCAUCAUAGGCAUCAUCUACAACCGGAAGCUACACAACACCCCUAAUUACUUCUUCCUCAGCUUGCUGUUUGCCGACCUGUGUACGGGACUGGCUCUGCCUUUCAUUCCCAGCAUGAGCCUGGAACGGUACAUGAAAUUCAGCAAUUGCCUUGUCCUGCACAUUGUCCCCAAUUUCCUCUUCUUGUCCUUCCUCUUCAACUUGGUCAUGGUGCAUUAUGAGCGUUACUUCUGCAUCGUUCAUCCCCUGCAGUAUAGUAACUUCUGGGUUCACCGCUACGUCCCUUUAGCUUUACUGAUCGUCUGGAUCCCACCCCUCCUUUUUGCCUCCUUGCCUGCUUUUGGUUGGAACAAAAGAUCUCAAAACCAGAGUUGUCAAGAUUGCUCCUACAAGUAUGUCUUCCCUCGUGAAUUCAUCUACCUUGAGGUCUAUGGCUUACUAAUCCCGGCAAUAUUGGCCAUCAUCUUUAUGACCGUUAGGGUGUUGUGGAUCACAAGAUCACAGAUGAAGGACAUCUGCAAGCUUCACAGGUCUGUGCAAGGGGACGUGCCCUCGGACAAGGAGCACAGGAUGAACAUGCGCUAUGCUAAGUGUGUGGCUGUUGUGUCUUUGACUUUCAUGGUCUGUUGGGUUCCUUACAUUGUCUACGCGAACGUCUCAAUCACUGCUCUGUGGCAGGACAAGGGGGAAUCCAGCAUGGAACCCAAAACGCACAUCAUUCUCUCCUGCACUGGGAUAGGAAGCAUGGCUGUAAUACCAGUGGUCUUAGGGUUUGGGAACCGGCAGUACACAAAGCCCAUUAGAAAAGGUUUACGCAAACUUUGGGACAGCUGCAGAAAGGGAAUGACACAAAGAUUUUACUAAUGUUGAGGUAGUUUUGGACUGAAACAAUGGUAUUAUAGCUGACGUAGUAAGAUAGCUUCUUAUUUGGUUGGCAUAGGAGUCCUUUUAACAGGAGAAUGAUGGUGGAUCUUGAAGAGCAACAGAAGAUAUUCCAAAAGCAUCCUGUACUUUUGUUACAAUUAUGCAUAGAAGGCUGUAGAUGUGUUUAGUUUGUGCGUAAAUGUUCUUGAAGCCAUAGAAGUUCCUGAAGCCUUUCUCAAUGAAUAAUGAAACGGCAACUUGAGAAAGGUAUACUGUAAAAAGAUUUUAGUGAACAUUCCCCCAGAACAUCAUAUUUUUGUGUAGAAUUGUACUUGA